AUGACCCGGUGCAUGGAAGUAACCCUGCAUGAGAUUGAGGCGGACAUGCCGACGCUAUGCCAUCUUCCCUCCUCGUUGCCUAAAACGCGCGCGAGACAACUAACUCUGAGUACAGGAUUUGGCUCAACUAGCCUGUUGCAGACUGUGGAGAAGGCCUUCGCCUGUAGCAUACCUGAUCUAUGA